UUUCCGGUUUGAGUAUUACAUCCUGUAAAGGGAGCCGUUUUCAAGUUGCUGGAUAAAAUUGAACGAUGCGCUAAAUAAAAUAUCGACAACAGGUAUUUCUUAAGGUGUAAUGCCUACAGAUAUUCAUGAUGGAGAGUGGAACAGGAGUCUAUUACCAAGCAAUGCCUGCAGUGGGACCCGAUGGGAAAAACGUCAUGAAGUUAAUUCCUGUCCAGAAAGUAAAUGGACAGUUUUAUCAGACACCAUUUAGUACAGAAAGAGACAGUGUGGAUGUACAACUGAAAGCCUAUGCAAAACCGGUUCAUCCACCUGCUGCUGCUUCAUCUCAAACACAGAUGCGGCUUCCCUCCCUUCAGACCAUAGCAGAUGGACGGUAUGUCCUAAAAGCCCUGCCGCAGGUCGGAACUGUAUCUAACGCUGUCAAAACUCAACAUGGUGGAACUAAUGACCUCAUUAUUCACAAUCCACAGCCAGUGCAUGUUCCUCUUUCAACACAAUCGCUUUCCCAGUAUUCAGUCCAGUUACCUCCUCAGCCCAAUGGACAGGGCAUGGUGGCAGUCCAAAUGUUGCCUGUUACCAUUAAAUCACCUGUUCUCCCAAACGGUCAUUUCCUGCAGAUCCCUCCGAAUGCGAAAGUUAGGACUCUGCCAGCCACUGCGCUCCCACAGUCCAUCAAAUGCCGGAUAAUGAACUCUGUGAGUAACACCGCUAACCUCCAAAAGAGUCCACCAACAGUUGUGCUUGUUUCCCCUGUGAACUCUGUUAAGCUCAAUUCUGACCAGCAAGUAGUUUCGGUUACAAAGCCAAGUCAAAUACAGAAGACCCAGUUUCAAAAUCUGCUUACAAAAUUGCAAACACCUGUUUGCGUUCCUAAAACAAAUGAAGAAGUGAACACUCCCUUAAAAUGGGUCAUCCGGGAGGGAACAGGUGCAUCCGCUCCUUGCCUUGUACCUGUAAUGACACCGAAUGUCAACUCUGACACCAUAAAAGCAGUCAAGAAUGUCAACUCAGUUGGGAUGGCAAAUGAAAUUGUGCCAAGCAAACCCACACCUCCUCAGGCCAGCCAAGAAAAGAUUACCCCAGGCAAAGACAACGCCCUGGUCAUGUGCAAUGGGAAAGUCUACUUUGUGGCCAAGAAAAAUUCAGAGAUCGCCAAGGAUGUGAUGAUCAGCGAAGGUGGGAAAAGAGGGGUUGUCAGCACCUCUCCUGCGCUGCCUGCCAGCUCCGCUCUGGGGACAAACUCUUCUAAGCAAGACCCAAAAAGAAAUGUAAGUGAAAUUAUUGAUCUCUGUGAUGACGAUGAGGAAACGUCCACAUGUCUGGGAGGUGCCCCGGGAAAUUUGCCUACACCGAGUCAAACUGAGGUGGAUGAGAGCGAUGAAGACUCUAAUGUCAUAUUUGUGUCAUACAUUCCACCCAAGUCAGAGACUCGUGCUGGUGAUAAAGUAGAGAAAGCUGCCUCCCAGAACAAAUCUGAGGAAGUGCAACACACACAGACAAGCGCAAAGUCUGUCUCACAGAAUGAAGGGGAAAAACCGGCACAUGCGGAAAUUGAAAAAGAUGGUGGUCCAGAUAAUCCUUCAGCCAAAAUGAGUGAUGAGAUGAUGGAUGAGCAGAUCGAGGGAAAUGAAAGAGAUGAAAGCAACUUGAGCUGUCUUUCUGAAAAUGUGAAUAUGGAGGCAGAUAAAGACUUGGAGAGUGGAAGUCCACCUGAGACGAGAAGUCAAGAUGAUGCAGCUUUCGCUGAAACUGCCAGCGUUUUGGAAGCACCCCAGAAUGUCUGUGUUCAAGCCACUUAUGAUACUGAAAAGGCCUAUGGAAAUCUAGAAUCUGAUCAGAGGAGUCAACCCAAGACUGACUGUGAGCUAAGAAAAGAAUUUGGCAUCACCUCUGAUGUACAAAUUUGCUUGCAAAGACCAAAGCCGACUGUGAAGCCAGAUCAACUGACAGAGAGACUUUUCAUAAACAAACGCACAUUAGACGGCCUUCGUAAAGUGAUCCAGGAGUCAAAGUUGCAGUCAAAAAUACAGCAAAUGAUGCAGGUUCCCUACACAAAAAUGGAGGAGGAUGAAGGCCUGACGGUCAAGAGAAAAAAGCAGGAGCAGGUUGGGAGUCAAGAUAAUCCCUCUCGAAGUUCCACAAACAUUUCACCUGCCUCUAAAUGUUCAAUUGUUCCCACUGAAAACAGUUUAGCUUGUCAAGAAGAGGUUUGUUCACCAACAGAAUCUACAGGUGAUAAAGUUCAUAUGCAGUCUCAAAUGCCAGCAGAUUGUACUGGUAACAUGGGCUGUUUUACUCCCUUAUCUGAACAAAAAGCCAAACAGACUUCUAGUCAUACCUUAUCACCUUCCUCUCAAAGGAAGACCGCACCGCGCUCUAAAAAAGGUAAGGUGUGCACGGCCUGUCCUUGUGGGACUGUUUUGGGGGCUGCAGAAGCCACUUCAUCCCUCCAUUCACAAGACAGACCGAGUCCAUGUACUGCUGUUGAGUCACAGAAAGGGACAAAAAAAAACUGCUUAAAUAAAACCCCAGAAGAGAAUCGCCAACUAAAAAAUCAAGAUCCUGUUAAGAAAGCAGGGAGAAAACAGUCAUUAAAAAAUCCACAUGAAGACAAAGCUCUGUUAGAAGGCUCUACUAGUGAAACCUCGCACGACAUCUCACCUAAUAGUUCAGUGAAUAUUACACCAAGUGCAGCAUCAGACAACCCCAGCAUGUCAUUCUCGAAUAAACAGCAAGGUCCCAAAAUAGACACAUUUCCAACACAGUCACUGUACACAUUGGAGACGCUGGAUGCCGAGGAGAUAAAACGGCGUGAGAGAAUCGAACGUUUGAAGGAUCUCCUGAAGAAGAAGGAGGCUGCGCUGGAGAAGAUUCAGAGGAGCAUGAACAUUUAGUCAUGUCUCUUUGUGUUUAAAAGACUGUACGCUGCAUGACAGACUGAAUAUGACCGGGAAAACCACCAAUAAAUGUACAAGAAAAAAUGUAUAGUUUGUACACAAUGUUUAUUUACUAACUGUUUUCCCUUUUUAAUGUUUACCAGAUCUCAGUGUCAUAUUAUAUUCAGUCUUUGGCUUCCUAAGCAAUUUGUGGUGUUUGUCUUAUUUAUAGUUGUUUGUAGUACGUUUAAGCAGAUGCCAUCAUAACAUUUUUUACAUCUUUGUAUGAUUUACGUGCCUUUGUCAAUACUUUGUAUUCUGUAGUUGAAUUUGUAGUGUAAAAGCCUCAUUUCAUAAUAAAAAAAAAAGCAAUUUAGUAAAUAAGUCCAUGCACUUUUGGGAACCUUAUUUGCUGUCUAGCUGAACCAUUUUAAACUCAAGAAUACUGUAAAUAACAUGAACAUACUGGUUAAAUUAUUCUAUUUUUAUAGUCAUCCAUGCCUGUUAAACUCAAUGAAAAUGUUGCUUGUUACCUUGCUAAAUUACAAUUGUAUGUGUUUUCAUGCUUCAGAUCCCUUAAUCCUGUUUUGGUCAGAAUUGUAGUUGUUUACUUUUUAAAUUCUUAACCUCCCAGUUGUCAUGCUGUUUCACACUGCUUUGUAACAAAAACAUGCUGGAGUGUUAUCAGAUUCUUAAUGGUGCAGAUGAUUUGAAAAUGAUCAUCAGACACUGGAUUUGCCAUUAACCUUUUAUUUGUAGUUAUAACAGCACAUUUUGAGAUGCAACAAAGGUCCUGUUGUGUUAUAAUGGCAAUAUUUCGUUCAAUCACCAAAAAGUUACUGGAACACCUGUUGAUGAACAAGGGAUAUCUUCAGAAUCUGUUUCCAAUAUUGUCAGUCUCGGUACAAUGAAAUGGCAUGUCUUCUUUAGAGGGAUUCUGUUUCACAAAUGAUUUAACAUCCGUUCAUUUUGCAUUUCAAGUGUCCAGAUUGGGGGAAUUGAUUUGGAGAUGUGUUUAGGCAAACAAACACAAUAGAAUGUGGUUUUAUUUAGGGUGAUCGUUUAAGGCACACUUUUUAUGUUUAUGUUAUGAAGCAUCAUACAAAAGCAAUAGUUUCUAAAUAAUAAUGCCACUUUAGAAAUGUGGUAGUCACAGCCAGCCAUGUUAAAUGAGUAUGUCCAAUAACAAAUGGAUAAAAAUGUCAUGAAAUAAAAUACACUCUUUAUAACUUAUUCAUAGAAAUAAGGAUGAUUGCAUAUGAUCUUAAAGACAUGAAGCUUUAUUUCCAUGUGUUUAUACUGUCGCUCCAAACAAGAUGCAUUGUAAACAAUUAUUUUAAUGCAAUAUAGUGUGCAAUAUAGUAAGAGGCUUGCAUUGUAAUAGUUAUUGUACACUCAUAUCAGUUUUUGCUAAUGAUCUGGGCCCGUAUUCACAAAACAUCUUAAAGCUAAAAGUAGCUCAUAACUCGCUGAUUUAGGAGAAAAUCUUAAAAAUAAUGGGCGUGUCAAUCCUAAAUUUAGAACGCCUACAUUUUUGCUCUAGGAGUAUUUCACAAAGCAUUUUAGCACUAAAACUAGCUCCUAAAUCUGUGAAACGUUAGUAGUGAA